CAUGCAUUAACAUAUCAUCAUUCAUUUAUUUAUACUAUAUUUUUCUGAUAAACUUCCUCCGCUCUGAAGCCUUUAAUCCGUAUUACGAUCUCUUCUUCUAUGAUUCCAGGGAGCUAGGUGGCAGCCGCCCAUCUAUUUUCACAACUAAACUUUUCCUUUCUUUCGACAAUUGUUUGAUCACCGCUUCAAUUUGGGUUCAUCUCAUCGUUUAAUUCUUCAUUUACAAGUUCAAGAUGCUUGGAAAUGGAGUUGUUGGGAUUCUUUCCGAGUCAUCAAAUAAAUGGGAAAGAAGGGUUCCUCUCACCCCAUCACAUUGUGCUCGACUUUUACACAGUGGGAGGGAGAAAACAGGUAUAGCUCGUAUAAUAGUGCAGCCAUCGACGAAGCGCAUCCAUCACGAUUCGCUCUACGAGGAUGUUGGUUGUCACAUUUCAGAUGACUUAUCAGAAUGUGGUCUUAUUUUGGGUAUCAAGCAACCAAAGUUAGACAUGAUUCUUCCUAAUAGAGCUUAUGCCUUCUUCUCACAUACUCACAAAGCUCAGAAGGAGAAUAUGCCAUUGUUAGAUAAGAUCCUCGCGGAGAGGGUAUCGUUGUAUGACUAUGAGCUUAUUGUUGGGGACAAUGGUAAAAGGUUACUUGCAUUUGGCAAAUAUGCUGGCAGAGCAGGAAUGAUCGAUUUCUUACGCGGAUUGGGACAGCGGUAUUUGAGUCUGGGAUAUUCAACACCAUUCCUGUCUCUGGGUGCAUCAUAUAUGUAUCCUUCCUUGGCUGCUGCAAAGGCUGCAGUGAUCACCGUGGGUGAAGAGAUAGCUUCUCAGGGACUGCCUUCAGGGAUAUGUCCUGUAGUCUUCGUAUUCACGGGUUCCGGAAAUGUUUCUGUUGGUGCUCAAGAGAUAUUUAAACUACUUCCUCAUGUUUUUGUUGAACCAAUCAGACUUCCAGAACUCUUUGGAAAGGGAAGGAAUGUUACAUCGAAGAGGGUCUUUCAAGUUUAUGGUUGUAUCGUGACUAGUCGCGACAUGGUCUCACACAAAGAUCCUUCAAAAACAUUUGAUAAAGCAGAUUAUUAUGCACAUCCAGAACAUUACAACCCCAUUUUCCAUGAAAAAAUAGCCCCAUAUGCAUCAGUAAUUGUGAAUUGCAUGUACUGGGAGAGAAGAUUUCCUAGAUUAUUGAGUACCAAGCAGAUUCAAGAACUAAACAAGAAAGGAUGUCCACUUGUUGGGAUCUCUGAUAUAACAUGUGACAUAGGGGGCUCAGUUGAGUUUGUUAAUCAAACCACAUCAAUAGACUCGCCUUUCUUCAGAUAUGAGCCAUUGACCGAUUCGUACCAUAAUGACAUGGAUGGUAAUGGCAUAAUAUGUUCAGCCGUUGAUAUUCUCCCAACUGAGUUUGCAAAAGAGGCAUCUCAACACUUUGGAGACAUUCUAUCGCAGUUCGUUGGGAGUUUAGCUUCUACAGCAGACUUCACAAAGUUGCCUGCACACCUCACCAGAGCUUGUAUAGUCCAUGGGGGAACACUUACUACCUUAUAUGAAUAUAUCCCUCGUAUGAGAAAGUCUGACACACUAGAUAUAUCAGAUAAUCAUACUAAUGGACACAUCAAUAACAAAAAGAAAUACAGUGUAUUGGUAUCACUGAGUGGGCACUUAUUUGAUCAGUUCCUAAUAAAUGAGGCAUUGGAUAUAAUAGAAGCAGCUGGUGGUUCCUUUCACUUGGUAAAGUGCCAAGUAGGCCAGAGUACCGAUGCCAUGUCCUACUCAGAGCUUGAGGUUGGUGCAGAUGAUGGGAAAGUUCUGAAUCAGAUCAUUGAUUCAUUGACAUCUAUAGCUAAUCCAACUGAAAAUCAUGGAACCCCAAGUCAACAACUGAAUAAGAUUUCCCUCAAAGUUGGUAAGCUCCAGGAGACUGGGAUGAAGAAAGACUCCGAAUCCGACCCCAAAAGGAAGAAGUCGGUGCUUAUACUCGGCGCCGGCCGUGUUUGUCAACCGGCUUGCGAGCUGUUAGCCUCAAUAGGAACCGCUUCUUCUUGCCAAUGGUAUAAAAGUUGCCUCCAAAAUGAUUCCGAAGAGCAGAUGGAUGUUCAUGUUAUUGUUGCAUCUCUAUACCUUAAGGAUGCAGAAGAGAUAAUUCAAGGUAUUCCGAAUACAACGGCAGUUGAGCUUGAUGUCACUGAUCAUAGAGCUCUCCAUCAGUAUAUUUCGCAGGUUGAGAUCGUUAUCAGUUUGUUGCCUGCUAGUUGCCAUGUUGCCAUAGCAGACGUGUGCGUCGAGCUUAAAAAACAUCUUGUCACAGCAAGCUAUGUCGAUGACUCCAUGUCAAUGAUGGAUGAAAAGGCCAAGAAUGCUGGCAUUACAAUUCUUGGUGAAAUGGGUUUGGACCCUGGAAUAGAUCAUAUGAUGGCAAUGAAGAUGAUAAACCAAGCGCAUCUCAAAAAGGGCAAAAUAAAGUCUUUCACUUCCUAUUGUGGAGGGAUCCCAUCUCCAGCAGCUGCAAAUAAUCCGUUGGCAUAUAAAUUCAGUUGGAAUCCUGCAGGAGCUAUUCGAGCAGGACGAAAUCCUGCCACGUACAAAUCUCAGGGUGAAACAGUACAUGUAAAUGGGGAUGACCUCUAUGAUUCGGCUGGGAGAUUUCGGAUACCUGAUCUUCCAGCUUUUGCAUUGGAGUGCCUUCCUAAUCGUAACUCGUUAACUUAUGGGGAUCUGUAUGGGAUCGGACAUGAAGCAUCCACAAUAUUCCGUGGAACUCUCCGCUAUGAAGGUUUUAGUGAGAUAAUGGCCACACUUGUAAGAAUUGGUAUAUUCAAUGCUGAAACUCAUCCACUUCUCAAACAUGAAGGUCGACCAACAUUUAGAAAUUUCCUUUGUGAGCUUCUGAAAAUUGAUACUAAAGACAUGAAUGAAGUUGUAGUUGGGGAAAAAAAGAUAGCCGAAAGGAUCCUGGAACUUGGACAUUGCAAGGAGCGAGGAGUUGCUGUAAAGGCUGCCAAAACGAUUGUGUUUUUGGGACUAAACGAACAGACAGGAAUCCCGGUUUCGUGCCAAAGCGCAUUUGCCGUAACAUGUCAUCGAAUGGAAGAAAGGCUAACAUACUCUAACACAGAACAGGAUAUGGUUUUGUUACACCAUGAAGUGGAAGUAGAUUUCCCUGAUAGCAAACAGACCGAGCGCCAUACCGCGACUUUACUGGAAUUCGGGAAGGCUAAGAAUGGAAAAGUGAUAUCUGCUAUGGCCCUUACUGUUGGCGUUCCAGUAGCAGUUGGAGCUCUGCUUUUAAUUGUAAACAAGAUCAAAACAAGAGGUGUAUUGAGGCCUAUUGUUCCUGAAGUUUAUCUACCAGCUUUGGAAAUUGUUCAAGACUAUGGUAUCAAACUGAUGGAGAAAACUGAGUGACCACCAUUUCUCAAGAUAUCUAUGAUUCAACCAGACAUCUCAAAGCAUAAAGUGCUUAUGUAAGUAUAUAAUGUGCGUACUCCAAUACGUAAAAAUGCAUAUAUAGUUUAUUUCGAGGGGCAUGUAAACAACAGAUGUUAUUUAAUAAAUGAAUAUAUAAACACUAUUUGAAUGCCA